AUGGUGUAUUUUCAAGGAGAUAUGCCUCUGAAGGUAUUACAACUUUUCAAGUGCUUUGGAAACUCUGCCGUUGUUGAAGCAUUGAGGAAUAGGGCUCGCAAGAACCCGGGCCGGGCCCUCCUGCCUCGGCGGCGGCUUCUCGUUUCCAAGCCUGAGGAAAUUCGCUCCAGCCGGUUGGGAAGCCAAGGCGACCGGUUGGCUCCGAAGCCGGUCCCCGGGGGGGUCGGGGGGGCGACUGAGCAUGAGGCAGCCGUCCGGCCUGACGAAACCUCCGUAGUCCCACAGCACACGGGAGAACGAGGAGACGGCGGCGGCGGCGGCGGCGGCGGCCCGGAGCUCAAGGAGCGAGCGCCGUGGAUGCGCGGAGCGAGCAGCCGAAAGAACCCGCCGAGAAGUGCCGUCCAAAGGCACCGAAGAGCCGCCUGCCAAGCGAGGGCAUGUAAACGGGCUGGAGACCUGGACCUUUUGUAUGGCGGACCGCGAGGGACGCCGCCGCCGGCUCCUCCUCCUCCUGCUGCCAAACCACUGACAGCUCAGCAGGCGGAGGGCGCGCGAGCCGAGGAGCCGCCGCCGCUGCCGCCAGGUCCUUCCAGUCAGGCGGGGAAGCAGCUGCAGCUCCGCUCUUUCCCUCAAACGCUGCUUUUUGGCUGGCGCUGGGAUGCCAGCGCGGGUCCCCGAGUCCCGUGGCAGCGACAGCCCGCGCUCCCCCAACCCCGCCGGUCUCGCUGCGGUAACCGCUCCCGCUGCCCCCUCUUCUUCUUCCUCCUCCUCCUCCAAGCCGAGUCCGAAGGGAACGUCGCCCCCGCUGCUCCGCGCCGAGAGAUGAAGAGGCAAGGCUGGGGGAAGCCCAAUGCGGAGCUCCUCCAGGAUAGAUUCUCCUCCAGCAAGACCGGCGACGGCGCAGCCGAGCGCGGAGGGCACAUCUUGGUAGGAGCGAUGCCGGAAAGUGCCGGGAGCCCUGGCGGAGCCGAAGGGACCCAGACAGCCCUGGAGUUGGAAGUCCCGUCUCGGGGAAGCUCUCCGUGCUCGGAGCAAAUGCCCGGGAGCACUGAAGGGUAUCCCGCCGAAGGAUUAGAAGGCUGUCCCGGGGAGGCACCGGUGCAGUAUGGUGUGAGUUAUCCUUGUCUUCUGCAUCAAAACCAAGUGCUUCUGACAGCCCUAGAGGAGUUGCAGAUGCGCUGUGCCAGCCUGAAGAAGGAAAACGGUCUGCUGCGUAAGACCUGCUUCCCGGAGACUCAGGAGAAGGUGAGGCAUUUGAAGAGGAAGAAUGCAGAGCUGGCGGUCAUUGCGAAACGUCUGGAGGAGAGAGCAAGGAAGCUGCAAGAGGCCAACCUCAGAGUGGUGAAUGCACCAAUAAAUGUGAAGAGCUCCUGUGCAGGACUGUGCAAAAGAGCGCUGGCGCGCCAACGGGCUACAGAUCUCCAAGAACAAGCCAAUGCACUCCUGAUGAAAGACAAACAGAUCAAUGCUCUGCAGAGGGAAUGUCAAGAACUUCAAGCUAAAAUCAUGGAUGGAAAGGAAGGUCCUCCAUGUCUGCCUCUUCUAGAUUUCCAGCAUUUACUUCGAGAAUCUCAGAAGGAAGUGCUGCGGUUACAGAGACAGAUUGCUCUGAAGAAUUUUAAGGCAGCCCUGGAGCCCUGUGGCCAGGGAUCAGGACACUUUUCUGUAGCUUUUGCAAUGGACUUGGGGCUCAUCACCUCAGACAGGACUAUUUGCUCAAAUGGUUUUUCUCCUACAAGAGUAUCACAGCCAUGGGAGGAACUGUGCAUAGCAGUGGAGGAGACCAGCCAGUCAGAGACGGGACUGUUUCCUUUCGGAAGAGUGCAAAGAAGAGAAGACACAUUGAUUUCUGCCCCUGAAGUUAAAGAGCACGUGAAGCAUUUGGACUCUGAGCUCACCAAGAAGAGGAAGCAAUGUGAACAUCUGGAGCAUGAAGUAAAGAAGAAGCACAAGAGAUGUGUAGAGCUUGAGAUCGAACUUCAGGAAGUGCGGAGUGAUAAUGCCCGACUCUCUGAGGAGAACGCCGUGUUACAGGGGCAAGUCGAGUGGACAGAGAAGGUUGAAUCUGAAAAUGCUGAGUUAAGGCUGCAGGUUUCUGUAGUGACUGAGGAACGGGAUUCAGCUCUUCAGAAAACCCAGGAACUCCAGGACAGGCUGGAGAGUCUCGGGCAGGCACUUAAGCACAUGAGAGAUGUUGCAGAACGAAGGCAGCAACUGGAACAUCAGCAUGAGAAGGCCUUGCAGGCCUUGCAGAAGAAAAAAGAUGAAGUCCGACAGCUGCAGCAGGCUCAGGCUGAAGCUAGGAAAAAACAUGAAGGAGCAGUGCAGCUUUUAGAGAAUUCCUUGGAUUCUAUGCAGGCCCGUGUGAGAGAGUUGGAAAACCAAUGUCGCAGCCACACAGAACAGUUUAACUUCCUCUCUCAGGAACUCAGUCGAUUUCACCUCCAAACUGGGAAAUUAGGUCUUCCAUCCACCUCCUCCUUCUGUUCUUCCCUGGUGACUUCAGAGAUUGUCUUUGCUACUUGCCAGAGUUCUCCACAGCUCCCCAAUUGCUUCAAGCAGAAAGCAUGUUUGCUUUUCUGUGGCAAGGAACAAAAUAGGGAAAAGCUCCUGCAAGCUACUGUUGAGAAUGCAGCAAAACGUGAUGUACAAUGUUUGGUUUCAGAUUCAGAAAUUGUCCCUGUAUCCCCACGGAGCAGUAUAAAAGUUCAAGAUGAAGAGGUGGAAAGGUUCUCCCCAGUGGCACUCCGGCUCACGGAUCCUGUGGUGUCUCCUGUGUCCCGAAGUCCAGAUACAAGCAGUCCCCCAGUUGCCUCAAAAAAAGCAAUCAAGAAAUUGGAAGCCCAGUCCAGCUCUUCCAGAUCUGAGUCCAUGCACAACAACAGCCCCAAAUCCUGCCCCACUCCUGAGAUGGAUACAGCCAGUGAAAUGGAAGAAUUGGACAUUGACAGCAUCUCAUUAGUACCUGAGCAGGAGAACCAUGAUCCAGUAAAACUUCAGGUCUUCUUGGCUCGAUAUAGUUAUAAUCCUUUUGAUGGCCCCAAUGAGAAUCCUGAGGCUGAACUACCACUUACGGCUGGCGAGUAUAUUUAUGUUUAUGGAGAAAUGGAUGAAGAUGGCUUUUUUGAAGGGGAGCUGAUGGAUGGCCGGAGAGGCCUUGUCCCUUCCAACUUUGUGGAGCGACUUGCAGAUGAUGACCUGGUUACUUUCUUGCCUCAGGAACUCCAUGAUCUCUCCCAAAGCUCCCCUCUUGAGCGGAGUUUUCUCAGCAUAAGUAUCAGCAGUGGAGAGAGAAGUGAUUAUUCAUCGGAGGAGCUCAAUGCCAGCACAGCUCCCUCUAGGCUAGAAGGGGACCAAGGAGAAGGAGGUAUUUCCAUUGCAGUGCCUUAUCCCAGAAAGGUGACUCUAAUCAAACAGUUUGCCUCUAGCCUCUUGGUGACAUGGGACCCACCACUGGUGCCUAGUGGAAGCGGCUUGGAUAUCCAGAGCUACAAUGUCUAUGUGGACACUGAACUCCGGGAAAAUGUGAAGGCCGGUUCCCAGAUGAAGGCCAUGAUUGACAAACUGGACUUGAAAACAAAAGCCUAUCGCGUCUCCAUACAGAGUGUUUCAGAGAAAGGGAGCUCAGACAGACUGCAGUGCACGUUCCUGGUGGGGUGUGGUUUUGUCUUGGCUCCAAGUCAGCUUCAAGUGCGGAGUGUCCAGGCCACUUCUGUGGAGCUCUCCUGGAUAUCGAGCAACAGCAAUUUCUCACAUACCAUAUACCUCAAUGGGGGAGCGUGUGAUAUAGUGAAGGCUGGAAUAUAUUGGUACACAUUUCGCAACCUGAACCCAAACACUUCCUACAUUGCCACAGUCGAAAUCCAGCCGCAACAGACUUUCUGGAAACCAUUCCCAGAAGUGGAAGAGCAGGCCUUGUCCACAGAGAUCCAGUUCACUACAUCUUCAGCAGGGUCUCCAGAUGCUCCGCUGGAUGUCCGAGUGGAUCCUGGCCCCACAUCUGGUAUUCUGGUCAUCAGCUGGUUGCCAGUCACCAUUGAUGCUGAAGGAUCAUCCAAUGGAGUGCGUGUCACUGGCUAUGCAGUGUAUGCUGAUGGACAAAAGGUGAUGGAGGUUACCUCUCCAACAGCUGGUAGUGUCCUGAUUGAGGUUUCCCAGCUGCAGAUCCUCCAGCUCUGUCAGGAAGUGACUGUAAGAACGGUGUCUCUUUAUGGAGAAUCGGUGGAUUCUCUGCCAGCUCAGAUCCCUUCAGCAUUGUUGGAAGAAGUAGACCGCUCUUCUGAAUCUCAAUUUCGUGGUCGUCCCUCCCGGCUUCUGGGUGGGGGAGCACCGGCUCUUGUCACACGAACUUCUCAGGUUCCAGGGAAAGAACUGCCUUCUGCCACUAAGAACUCAGUUGCCAAACUCACCUUGCAGACCACUAUUACCAGUGAAAAAUCUGGGGAUCAAGUGCAUUCAGAGACAUCCUCCAAUGUCAAGGUUCCCUUGACGCCAACGGUGCAAGCCGUGUCACCAGAACUUGGAACUCUUCCCGGAGAAGAAGGGAAUUACCUUCUGCCCUCCCCUGCAGGCGGUGUGGUGAAGGAAGAUCUGACUGUGCUCAAGAAGGAGAAAUCUGGAGAAGACAACCAGGAACUGCCGCUCACCGUGACAAAGCAGGAGCUGCACAUUUCAGACAGUGGUGCUAUUAGCCCGGAGACCUGUGGAAGCUGCCCUGCAGAACAGGGGACAAAUGCCCCACCAGAAAGAGAGCCAGAGGACAACCAGAGCUCCCUGGAACCAAAGAGACCACCCAUGGACAGACCUUCCAUGCAAGAAGACGACAGCUCCCGGGAGGUGGGCCAAAGCGAAGGACAAACUCCAGAGUCUUUAGUCGAGUCUUCAGGGAGGAUGAAGCCGUUGAAAGAAGGCUCCAGAGAUGACGCCUCUCAGCUGGUGGCCAGGAGCAGAAGAGAGCAAGCAGAGAAAAGGUCAGAACCAGGAAAUCGACCACUAAAUAUUUUAACUGACCACAAUCGUGGUUCUGACCUUUCUGAUAUUACGGAGGAGGAGGAGGAGGAUGAGAAGGAGGAGGAAGAAGAGAAACCAGUUUCUGGUAGGCCAGGGGAGAUGAAAUGGAAUCCAAGUGAAUAUUGCAGCAGAGAAAAUGGAGACAAGUUGGAUCUUGGUGAUACUGACAGCGAUGAAGAAAUCUUGGAACGGAUUCUGGAAAUGCCAUUGCAAAAAAAAUGCAGCAAGGCUCUGUUUAGUAUUCCUGAAGUGACUGAAGAGGAAGAGGAGCAAGAACAGGAAGAAAAAUUUAGAGGAGAGUGUAUGAAUGAAACGUCCAGUUGCUCUGGAAGAUGGGAUGGUGAAGAUAUGACCUAUCAGUGGGAUGAUAGAAAGAAACCAUCAAGAUCUCCUCUUUUGGAAUGGAGAAGAUCCAGUCAUUGCAAGGAGAAGACCCGUGUCCAACCCCAGGGACAUAGGAAGCGAAAAGGAGACAUCCGAGAGCCCAGUGUUCCUCUGCGGAGCAAUUCCUACUACACUGGAGGUGGUCUUUACAGAGCACAGAGCCUCACAGAGAAUUUGGAUGUGAUCACCAGCCUUGAGAUGGAGGAUGACUUGAAGCUGUGCAGCUGGGCAGGACAAAGGCCUGAUCAAGUUCCUUCAAGGAGAAUGAUGCCCCAAGAGAAAAGGGAGAAAGCUGUGCAAGGCCUCCCCCGCUGCCUCACCCCGGAGAAUUUGGAGAUUGACAUUGAGUAUGAUUCAAAUGAGGAAGAGGAUUUAACCAUCACUUCCACACCAGUGAGCCUGUUGAGUUCAGAUGGGAGGGCUGAUGGAUCACCAACAGAUUGUGAGGAGGAAUGGAGUGAUUGCUCCAGCCAGUCAGGAUCAAUCCAAUCCAGUGGGCGACGAGAACUGAAGCGAUCCAGUAGUUGGGAGGGAGAGAGCACGGAUUGGAGCACGUCUCCCAGCCAUUCACCUGGACAUUGUGGAUGGAGGAAGAAGGCCAGUGGUGCCCCAGAAGAGUGGAACAGGACUCGGGAGAAAAGCCCCUCUGUCUUGGGAGCCAGGCCAGAGCAGGCUUGGAAGGAGGGCCCUCUUGUGCAAACAUGGGUGACAGGUAGUCCCGGGUUGUUGGACUCAACAUCAUAUCAGUCACCUGUCCAGAGAGACAGAAGAUCUCCGAGAAAAAGUCAAGAAGGGACCCUAUCUCCCAGUGGAACUAUUGGAACUUGGAGGAAUCCUUCCCUUGAAUCAGCAGAUGAUAAGGGAUCAGCGCGUCUGUUUGUGGCUCUUUUUGACUAUGACCCUGUUUCGAUGUCCCCUAAUCGGGAUGCUGCUGAAGAGGAGCUCCCAUUUCAAGAAGGCCAGAUUUUGAAGGUCUAUGGCCACAAAGAUGCAGAUGGUUUCUACAGAGGGGAAUGUGCAGGAAGAACAGGGUUCAUACCCUGCAACAUGGUAUCUGAGCUCCGGGUGGACAGUGACAGUGCGAGAAAACAGCUGAUAGAAGAAGGCCACAUUUCUACUGAUAUGCUGAUGGAAAGUCUAGAAGCACCUGGAAAGCAAAAUCCGAGUUCUGAGGACCCUACAAGAACAAUGGUGGCCAUUUUUGACUACAAUCCCCAAGAAAAUUCUCCCAAUCCAGACACCGAGGUUGAGCUCAGGUUUUGUGCUGGGGACAUUGUGACUGUGCUCAGUUCCAUGGAUGAUGAUGGGUUCUAUUACGGGGAAGUAAAUGGACAGAAAGGUCUUGUCCCAUCUAAUUUCCUGGAAGCUUUGCCAUCAGAUGGAGCAUUGGCAAGUGAGCCAAGCCUUGGAAGGCAGCGAGUUAGAAAAAGAAGAAUCCAGUGAUGCGUGUGAGAAAGUCAAGAGGAAGAGAGACAGGCAGACAAUAAUCACUGGUAUCCAGUAGAUCAUCUGAUACAUCUUUCAUUUUUGCUUAGCACCUGGACCGC